CCAAAGUUACGAAAAACCCAAGGAGGGAAGCAAGAGAAAAAAGUUGUCCAUCCUUACAGCAGAAAAGCUGCUCAGCUUGCAAGGGAAGCACACAAACAGGAAAAGAAAGAAAAGUUGAAGACUGACAAAGCUUUGCGUUUGAGUAUCAUUGGAGAAAAAUUGCAAUGGUUUCAAAGUCACCUUGAUCCCGAUAAAAUUGAGUACACAAAGAAGGAAGCUGGCGAACUAAUUGAAGAUUAUAUGUGUCGAUUCAAUGCUGAAUUGGAGCAGAUUGAAUUACAAAACAGUAUUAAAGGCAGACAAGGAAGACAGCAUGGUUCACGGGAAGCUGUCAUCAAGCAGACCAUAGAACGGGAAAGACAACUUUAUGAAGGCUAUGGAAUAGAAAUCCCAGACAUUAUGAACAGAAAGCAUCUUAAAUUUUUCAGAGAAUGGGAUGGUGAUCUGAGGAAACUGCCAAACAUCAAAAUGAAAAAGCUUUCAGCUAAGGAUGCUACUUGCAGUCACUCUGAGGUGGCAGAUGUAGAAGCUGAAGAAGAAUUGAAUAAAGCAGAAGAGGUGGCUUAAUGAGCACCAGCUGAUUCAGGAGCUGAAACAGCUGAAGGGAAUUGUAAGAAAACUAUUUUAAUUAUCACUGGAAACAAGAAUAAAUUUAACUAUAUUUGCAAAG